AUGCGGAAGGCGAGCUCCGUAAUGAAGAAGACCUUUAACCCCGGAACACCUGUGGCCAUACCAUCGACAUCCACAGCCUCUAGUAUCGCAGAAGCAUCACAUGAAAACAACGAAGAAAAUAGCAAGCAAGCGCACACGCUGAUGCCUAAGAAGAUUAAUAAACCAGACGGAAUUCGCGUGAUUCCAACCGCAGCAUCCAACCCAGACAAUGUUUCGUUCGAUCUGCCCAUCCUCCCGUCCUCAUCAACAUUCACAAUUUCCGGAAAAGAAGAUAAGCCAGAAAAACUUAAGAAGAAACUAAAAAACUUCCUGGAUGAACGACAAAAAACCAAAUCAAGAGCACAGAAUGCUACCAAUUCAUUUGACCAGGCUCGCUUCUUCCAAGAAAAUGCUGAGCAAGUUUUUGCGGUUUUUUACGAAACAUGCGUCCACCAGAUCGAAAAGAUCAAGCAGUCAAUAGAGAAAAGUGAACGGCCUCAGUCAUGGAACUCGAAAGAGCUUGUAAAUCUUCAGAAAUCGCUUUUACUUCUUCGCAAAAUUUUCUUAUUUGUUCCAGAAUUGAUGCGAAAUGGAUGGCAACGCAAGAAUAUUGGUAAAAUAUAUUAUAUUCUGGUUGUAGCCAAAAUACUAGCGCAUGUGCUAGAUCAUGGAAACCACAUAAGAUUACGUGCACAGGGAUUCCAUCUUUUGUUGCUUUGGCUCAAUGACCAGGUAGUCGAGUACCCUGAAUGCAUGGAACUAUUCUCCAACGCCAUCUCGCUUGAUCUGUUUAUUCUUGAUGAUAUAUACGCCUUCCCAUCCACAACCACACAAAAUACAGAUGCAGUCAAUGUGACAGAUGAUAAAGAAACUAUUAACAAACUCCAGAGCAGCGUGCAGUUUGUCAAAAAACUGAGCGAGCGACACACAGAGAAACCUCAAGGAUAUGGGCUAUUGAGAGACGAUAGAAUCAAGAGGAGUAAACUUACUUUCAACCAGACAUUCAUACUAGGUGAUGAGCAUGCUCCUCUGUUUCCCAGUCAUUCCCAACCAACAUUCAGCGACUCGGUUGUCUUAAUUCAUAUUUUUAUUUCAAAUCUUGUCAGACUUGCUUAUGUUGCAGCUGGAUCUCCACCUCCGCCUGAUGAUUAUGAAUACCCGCCUGGAGACUAUGUAGAAACAGAUGAUGGUAUUGCGACCGGUAUUGGAAUUGAUGCUGCAACAGCCAGUGCAAAAUUCUUGUUCCGUAUAUUUAGGACAUAUUAUCUCACAAAAUUUGUUCCUGCUGUUGCAAAAUCUCUUCACACGGAGAGUAAUAAAUCCAAAAAGCCAACAACAACAACAGAUGAUCAUAAGAAGGUAGAAACUCAAGAAAAGCAAGCUCUUGUCGGGUUUCCUUUAUGUCCUCCAAGUAUAUUACGUACUCUGUUGAGAUUUCUAAUCGGGUACUGUCUCGAUAAUAACAGCAACUCCCAUGCCCAUUGGGCUCAUCUUCCCUCCGCACCUACAUCAUCACCAGCAACUCCUAUCUUAAAGUCUAUUGUAUUGUCUUCUCAUGAAACUCGCGAGAUGCUACACGAAAUUCUCAAACAAUGCAUGGUUCUACCAUGUACUAACCCACAAUAUCGUGAUAUCACACGUGGAGCGAUCCAUAUUCUUGGUGUGUGGGUUCUGGGAAAUGAGGAUGAACGCCCUUCUUUCUUGCGAAAAACAGGAGGUGCCUCUGUAGGCACUGUAGGUCAUAGUAUGACACGGUCGAGCAGCAUUGCUUCAGUUGCCACCUCAAAGAAUUCUAUAGUUGAGCCAAAAGUCUUAUCAACAUCCCCAACCUCCUCAGUAUGGCGAACAUCCGACAAACCUGAAUCCGAUGAUGGUGAUGCCAACAUUUUUUUGAGGCGCUAUUUUUUGAUGAUAAAAUUAUUGUUUGAGAACAAAAGCGGGAGUCGAGACAGAGAUGUAUUGGUAGCUCAGGUACAGCAAGUGACUGAUUGGGAAGGCCUGACUGCCCUUUAUAAAGAUGCGAUAAACCUUUAUCGUGCUGUAACCGUUUCACGCGGAGGUAUUGAGAUGGAGGAUGAGACUUGGGAACUUCUUUUACGGUGUCUUUUAGACAUUCAGAAUUGGUUUAUGAGCCCACCUGAAAAAUAUAGCAGAAUCCCUGUUCAACCUUUGGCAGAAGAGAUGGCAGAUUUUGUUUGUGAGACCCUCUUGCACGCUUUUGUUCGAGCGCGCUUAAUUCACGCGUCUCUGUGGAUAGAAUUGAAAGAACACUUGCUGAGCUCUAUCAAAUGGUCACAAACACUCUCUCAAUGGGUCAAAAUUAUGAAUAAAGUUACUCGUCUGCUUGCUUUUCGUCUGUACAAGGUCGAGUACGAACCUUCUUUAGAAACCCAUCGACAACCUUUGUUAGAGAGCCAUGCUGUACAGAAUAGGUACUCAAUGCAAUUUAAUGCAAAUGCUGCGCCUGGGAACCGAGGUCGUACCAAGGCUCGUACCCGUCAUUUAAGUAUCCAGGGAGACCGACCACGUACGUCGGCUUCAAAUCGUGUGGCCGGUAGACCUCUUUCUGCCGGUGGAAGCGAUGGUCAAUUGAUAGAUUCUGUAAAUGAUAAGACACAAUCUGGUAUUGAUACACCCUAUGAAACUGCAUCUGAAGCUACUACACCUGUUACUUUGCGCAGCAAGAUUAGUAUGCCUGCGAUAGAACCUCAAACAGCCGAUAGGAGGUCUGCUAAUCUUUCCACAGAUAUACCACACAUUGAAGAACCAGUAUUGGAUGAACCUAUUGGGCCUAGCACCAGUACUGGAAAGCAGAGCGGAGUAAAAUUUGGAAUAAAAAACAUCCUUCCAACUGCUUCGUUCUCGACUGCCAAUAACUCAGGUAGCGGUGGAAAUAGUGGAGGAAACGGGCCAUCCGGGAAUUCGGUAGGGUCAAGCCUAAAGAAACGGUCCAGUGGCCGUCGAACCAUGAGCAUUCACCAGCUCGAUUCUCUGUGGCAGGAUUCCGGUAAUAAAUUGAUGAAUCUUGUGCAUCAUUCUGCCCACCACGACAAACAUCUAGAAACACCAGGACAAGCAAAGUCGGCUACAUACAACGGGGUCAAAGAAGAAGAAGAAGUCAAGAAGUCGAAACCAGAAUGGGAUAAUAAAAGCUCAGGUAGUUCAGUGGAGCGCACCAAUCCCGAGGAUGGACUUUUGCCGUCUGGAAAAUCUGUUCGCACAUUGGCUUCUACAAUAAUCUCUCCAAAGGAACCAGUCAAGAUAGUUUCAAGUUUUGAAACGGUCAAUGAAAAACUGCCAGCUAGCCUGGGUGUUUUUAGAAGCAACGAGUUUCUUACUCUUAAUGGUUUGACCUUGGAUGGGCAGGGUGUGUUAGUCUUGUGGAAGAACAUGCUUUGUGCUGUGGGGAAUGUGAACUUAAUUCAGGGUCCUCAAAACUAUGCUGUUGCAAUGCGAUGUGUUGUUGAUACUUGGGAUAUGCUAAAUUGGAUUCGGUCUAAACAGCCGUAUCGAAAUGUACCUAUUCCUGCUCUUUAUGAAAUGACACCUUGGUUAUUACAAGCUACUGAGCUUUCAAGCGAAUAUGAUGCUGGAAAGGCAGAUGCAUACGGAUGCUUGUGUCGACUGGUGUCUAGAAGACCAGAAGAGCCAGUACCAAACACCUAUUACGCCCAUUUCUACAAAGCUAUUCUAAGGGGUUUGGGAUCAAACGACAGUGUGAUCAUACAAGCUAUUCUGAAGAAUUCAGAGCGUAUAUUCUCGUUCUGUCUACCAAGUAUCCACAUCUUAAUCCCACCUUUUCUUGAUGCAAUCGAAAAACAGCUGGUAGACGAAAAUGGCUCAAAGGAAGCCUCUAUUGCAUUGCGAAAGAGCUGUGUCACUCUCCUUGGAUCUUUGGUAUCAAUUACCAAUCAUCUCAGGGAUACGACAAUCAACAUAGAGGAGUAUGAUAUGGGAUGGAUUCAAGGCUACAAUGGGAAAGAGUUUUCUUUUGCUAAAUGCAAACGCUGGCUCAAAGAACUUUUGUUGCGUUUAAUAAAUAAUGGCACGACUACUGUACAUACAAAAGAAGACGAAGAAGUACAUUGUAUGCUCAUGGGAGCGCUUAGCUCUAUUAUUUUGGAUGAACUUCUUGCGUCUACAACUCCACAACCAGAAUAUGUACAUGAAUGCAUUGUAGCAAUUGUUGAUCAUCUUUAUUGGAGCAGUAUUCCUGUGCUUAACACAGCAGUCGACUGCCUCAAUAUGCUGGCUCACAUAUAUCGUGAGGAUUUGGAUUUCCAAAAAAAAAUCCUUCAAGAAGUAUUGACAAGAGUUAUUGAUGCACUCAAUGUACAUCUCAAAUCGUACGAGGCUAACAAACAGAAUAGAAGAGGUUUUAUUAUCUCUAAGCUAUUCAGCUGUCUUUUGGAAUGGGUGAUGAUGGCAGAUCCUGCUAAUCUUUCAAACCCUGAAUCUGAGCUUUGUUCAUUAGUGUUUGAUGUGAUCGCAUAUGCUAUUCAUAUCACUUCAGAUGGAUCGGAAAAAAUGCUUCCUCGCCCUCCGGUGGUACGCCCAAAUAAUCACAAGAAAAAAGAGCUGCCAUUUAAAUUCAAACUCUCGAAUGACCGAGGUCCAAAUGAUCUCCAUGAACAGCCCAAUUUUGCUUCUUGGGGAGAUAUACCUGAAAGUGACCAUGGUUAUGUCAAGGAAUCUGCUGAAGCUGUUUUAUUGCAUUUGUUACAUCAUUUUAAUAACUUUGCCCCACCAUAUGGUCCAGCUACAUUACAUAGCACUAUAGUUGGUCCAGGGAUGGUUCUGGAUGAAAAACAAGAAAACUACCACCAGUACCAAUACUUUUCAUUUAACGAUACUACCAUUAUUGCUUUUGUUGAACUGCCUGCUACUGAACUCAGAAGUUCGCAAGCUAGAAUUAUUAUACGUGAUCUUACAGGCAGAUACGUGUGGGAUUCACAGCUAGAGCCAUCCAGAGAUCUGACUCCUGUGAACCCUAAAGCCACACCGUCGUAUAAUGAUCCAAUAUCAGACAUUUUAGGAGACGACCAAGGAUACAAGAUGCGCUCUAAUAUAUCUAUCCAAAAAGAAUCAAAACCAGUGUUAGCUCCAUCUAGUUCAGAAACAACCGAUGGUCUUAGCCGUCUCCUUCUACAAAUCGGAGAAGACAAUCCAGAUUGUGUGUGGGAUCCGGCCGUUCCUCUGGAUCACCCUUCUCCAGCUUCCCAGUUCCAGACAAACAUGGUAGGAAGUCUUGGACAGAAAUUGGACGAGUACCUAAGGAAUGAGUCUGAUAACAAUGAACAGGAAGAAUCAGACAUACAAUUAUGGUAUUCAAAGAUGAACGUCCUUAGGCAAAAGGAGGCAACUGAAGGCAUUAAUGAUCGUGCUGAGUCUAUGCAUGCUCAUCUUAUGGCCAAUUUCUCGAUGAGAAAGGACUUUUUACCAGCAUUUCCGCAUGAGUCUGAAAAACCUCAUGUACCUUUUCAACAGAGUCGGCUUUUGAUGAGCCAUUUUGGGUUUAUCAAUUACGAUCAUCUCAAAGAUGGGUCGUUCCGUCUGUUAAACAAAACACCUGGUCUUUACCGAGAUUUAAGGGGCCUUGAUCGAAAGCAUGGACGAGAGACAAUGAAGAUUGCUGUUGUAUAUGUCGGGCAAAAUCAAGAAGAUGAGCAGAGUAUAUUGUGUAACAGCCAAGGAAGUCCAAUGUAUAGUUCUUUUGUGAAGAGUCUAGGAUGGGAAGUAGAUAUUGCGACACACACGGGGUAUUUGGGUGGUCUCGAGAAGAAUUUGACGAAUGGUACACGAACAAAUUAUUAUUGCUCGUCUACAUUGGAAAUGAUCUUUCAUGACGUGACAAAGAUGCCAACAGAUCCAAACGACCCAAAGCAGCUCAAGAAGAAACGACAUAUUGGAAACGACCAUGUUCAUAUUGUAUGGAACGAGCACAAUCGAGACUAUCGUAUUGGUACUAUUGGCGGUGAUUUUGGUAAUGCUCAAAUUGUGGUGACUCCAAUGGCCAAUUCCUUGUUUGCAAUUCAUGUCCACCGUGAUCCAAAGAUUCCUUACUUUGGCCCGCUUUUUGACCGAAUGGUCGUAUCUCGGGCUACACUUGGACCUCUGGUUAGGGCAACAGCAGCAAAUGCAUUCCGAGCUUCUGUCCACACUAAUUUGUACUCUUUCUACAAAUGUGUGUACUCUCACCGUGCAAAUGAUGUUCAGACAAUUGCCAACCGACACAAAGUUGCUGCAUGGAGUUAUGAGCAGUUUAUGGAAACCAUUUUUAUGCCUGACGAAUAG